AUGUAUCUAUCUGUCUGUCUAGUUCUGCUUCUGCACAUCCUGUCUUGGGUCUUCACUCGUCUUUUCUGUCCUCUCACUCUCUCUCUCAGUCAGCAGCAGGUCAGGAUGGAAGUAACAGCUCUCUCUCUGCUUCUCUUGAUGAGUCCUUGGGAUUCUGGUCAAGCACAAGUCUCUGUGACGGUCCACCCUGAAAGGUCACAGUUCUUUAAGUAUGACAGUUUUUCCGUGAGCUGCGAGGAGGAAGAAAUGACUGAAUGGAGGGUGAUGAAGAGGAUGGAGGAUGGGGAGGUGCAUCCAUGUCCAUUGUCCUGCUCCGUCAUUGCUGCCUUCCCUGCCACAGAUAGCGGAGUGUACUGGUGUGAAACUGGAGUGGGAGCAAGCAGCAGUGCCAUCAACAUCACUGUCACUGCUGGUUCUGUGAUACUGGAGAGUCCUGUUUAUCCUGUGAUGGAGGGAGACAAUGUGACUCUGAACUGCAGACACAGAGUUUCCUGUGACCGCCCCAUUAAUUUCUAUAAAGAUGGCUACCUCAUCCAGAACAGCACGACUGGAAACAUGACCGUCCAUAAUGUCACCAAAUCUGAUGAGGGACUCUACAAGUGUGAUGUCUGCGGAUUUGAAGAAUCACCACAGAGCUGGCUGACUGUCAGAGCGCCAUCUGAAGGCCAGGAUCCUCCAGCGCCCCUGUUGCCUGUCUUCACACUGGUGCGCCACCUGGUGGUAGGAACUCCUUACCUGCUGUCCACCAUCAUACUGGGACUCAUAUACAGAGACAGAGCAAGAGCGCGGCAUGCCAAUAAAGCAAGGCGAAAAUGUAAUGAUGUCAUAAUGGAAAUGGCUGCAUGACAACAGUGACAUUUAAGAGGGACGAGCAUCUUCAGAUUCAACCAAAAAAGAAGAAGAAAACAUUCUGGUUUUGUUGGUUUGACUCCUUUUUAAAAAAUGUUGCCUAUUUAGGCUUUUUGGUGUCAUUCUGUAGACAGUAUGAACUUAAAAAGAUGCUUUUCAUGCAGUUUUUACAUUGUUAGUUUAAACAACAUCUUUGUGUUUUCUGUCAUUUUGUGAUGUUUGUUUGUGUUUUGCUGACAUGCAAAAUAAACUAUUGAACGUGUGAA